UUCUCUCUCCUUGCUGCCCGGCGCUUUGCCGUCUCCCAGGGCUCACCAAGUCCAAAUGUUCCCUGAUGGAGUCCAACUCCAGCUUGACCAACACUCACCCGGUCUGUCCCCGCACCAGCUGGCUUAGGGCUCCCCAGCAGUGCUGGCUGUCGGUGCCUUCUGUCGCUCCCAGUCAGCACGGCUCUGUUCUUUGCUUUUUGGGUUCCAGAGCGUUUGCUACAGGUUAUGGAGUGUUUCUCUUCUCUCUCUUCUUGUCCUCCAUGUUGCCUGUUGGCGCCUCGGUGGAGUUUCAGUGACCCAAAUGCAGACUGCUCUGCGUUGCCCAAGCGUGAUGCCAAGAGAAGAGGUAGGCACCAGAACAGGCUGCUGGACUGGAGACUCCACCACCAGGUGCCGUUGUCAUUCCUGACCUCCCCAGGUUGCGGCGUUGGACGUGCCCUGAUCCUUGGAAAGGGGAGGCAGUGGAGAGUUGUGACCCUCCCGAGUGCUGCAAAGGCUCUACUGAGGCUCUUGGUGGACACAGCAGGAACCCGCACGCACAGAUGGAUGCCAAGAUCCGCUCCUUCCUCUGUCUGGCAAACUCUGCUGACCCCUGAGGUUGUUCCCAUGCUUGUUGCAGUGGAGAAGUGCAGUUGUCCGGGGCGCUGCAAGGACUCUAUUGAGGCAUUUGGUGGACGCCGCAGGAACCCACAGCCAGAGGUGGAUGCCAAGAUGCACAUCUUCCUCUGUCUGGAUGGAAAUGUACACCUGGUUGGAUCUACGAUGACCCAAAUGCAAUCUAGUAAGGUUGCAGUGGAGAAGUGCAGUUGUCCGGGGCGCUGCAAGGACUCUAUUGAGGCAUUUGGUGGACGCCGCAGGAACCCACAGCCAGAGGUGGAUGCCAAGAUGCACAUCUUCCUCUGUCUGGCAAGCUCUGCUGACCCCUGA